AUGUCUUCCCACAAGUCCAACUGCACCUCCACCUCCGUCUCCACCCCAACCACCCAACUCACAACUCCCCCAGCCAUGUCCCGCUCCGCCUCGUCCGGCCGCGCAACCUGGAUCUUCCAGGACGCCUCCGGCCCCCUCCCAGCCAUCGGAUCCUGCACCCAGGGCCUCGCCGAGACCUCCCAGGGCGGCAUCGUCUUCCCCGAACACGGCACCGUGCGAUACGUGAGCCCUAUCCUCCCGCGCGUCGUCCUCGUCGUCCCCGUCGCCAUCAAGGAAAUCGACCUCGAUGAGCUCGUUGCGGCGCGCAAGGCAGGGCGCACCCCGCCCGAGCCGCAGGACGCCGAGUGCGACUGUGCCAGUGGCAGUGGGUUUUCGCCGCUCACGUUCGAUGAGCUCGUUUAUCGUGCGGAGAGGGCUGGGUUUGAGGGUGCGCAGGUGAACCUUGGCGAUCUGGCGGAGGGCGUCUGGGGCAAUGGCUCCUCGUUCCUGCAGUACGGGAAGGGGCGCGUUGUUGCGGUUUUGGACAACGUUGUUGUUUGUGCUGUUGAGAGGGCCGGGGGUGAGGGGGUGCGGCCGCAUCCGGUGCCGCUUCUCCAGUGA